AUGGAUACACUUGAGGCAAACGAGGAUGGUGGUCAGGCUAAAUACAAGCAAGCAAGAGAAGAGCGAAAGAUGCUCCUCACCCCUGCACACAAGUACAUGAUCGAGCUCCUGGCUCACAGGCUGUACUUGGAGCCAACAGUAGUAGAAGAAUUUAUUUUAGAUUCUCCAUCUCUGGGUCUUUUUGAUGAAUUCUUCUCCGAAGGUGGAAAUGCAACCAUUUCCUUUGUAUAUCAGGAGGCGCAAAUCCCAGGAAUAGAGUGUGGACGCUUAUAUCCUAGGACUAACAAAGGGGAAAAGAUAUUGAGGCUGUUUUUAGCCAAUCUGUCUCAAACCUGCCUUACAGGCAUUUGCUGCUUUUUCACCCGGAAUAGAGUGGACAUUCCUGUGGAUUUAGAAAACAUACAUGAGGAGAUCUUCUUUUCAAUGAUUGAUGCCAGAGACGGUCUCGUGAAAGGAACAAGGAAUGUCUUCAACUUUGUUCUACCAGCUCUUGAAGCUGAAAACUGGGGUGACUUAGAUAAGUCUCCACAUGGACAAAGAAUAAUACAGAAUUUCAAGGACACCAUAAAACGUUGUCUUGGCUCCUUAGAUGACAUCCAGAUGAGGAAUGACAGCAUUGUUCAUCUGACUACAGUCACAGAUUUUGACUUCUCUACGUUGGCCUCCCUUGACGAUAUGAAAGUUGCAGCUGCUGAUUUAGACAUUGUGCAUCGACUGGAGGAAAUUCUGAUGCAAUGGUAUAAGCAAAUUGAGCAGGUCCUGAUAGAAAGUGAUCAGUUAAGGAAAGAGGUUGAUUCUGCAGGGCCACUGAGUGAGUUCGAACACUGGCAAAAAAUGUAUUUACGGUUCAACUCCAUCAUCACUCACAUCAAAGGCUCAGAGUGUAAGGCAGUGGUGAUGGUGCUCCAUAUCAGCCAUUCAAAGAUUGUGAAGAAAUGGCGGGAGCUGGAUGCCAGGUUAACGGAUCAUACCAAUGAGGCAAAAGACAAUGUGAAAUUCCUUGACACACUGGAGAAAGUCUGUCAACCUCUUUACAACAGUGACCCGGUUACCAUGAUGAAAAGCGUGCCGAACGUCAUUGAGGCUAUUGGAAUGAUUUACAGUGUUUCACUGUACUACAACACCAGUGAAAAGAUAUCCGCACUGUUCUCAAAAGUCACAAAUCAGAUGGUGACAGCAUGCAGAUCAUACAUUUCUAACAAUGGCACAUGUCUAAUAUGGGACCAAGAUGCUAAAGAAAUUGUCAAGAAAAUUCAGGACUGUAUCUGCUUAUAUCAGGAAUAUCGGUCUUGCUUCCAGAAGGCAAAGAAGCAAAUACUGGAAAGACCUGGAAAGAGGUCCUUUGAGGUUUCAGAGAUGCAGAUUUUUUGCAAGUUUGAGAGCUUCUGCAAUCAACUUGAAAAGAUCACACAAAUAAUAACAGUGUUCAAGACGUUCAGAUCUCUUGAAAAAUCAAAUAUUGAGGGCAUUGAGAUUCUGGCCAGACAAUUCUACACUGUAUCCAUGAACAUGAAAAUGAUACAAUAUGAUAUCUUGGUUCCAAGAAUAGAAUUUGAAACAGAUUUCACAAAGUUUCUGACUCAAAUCGGCCAAAUUGAGAAACAACUGCAGGGAUUUAUGAGUUCAUGCUUCUCUAAAAUCUACUCAUCUCAGCGAUCUCUGUCCCUAAUACAGCGUUUUCAGAGGCUGAAUAUACCCUGUCUUGACAAAAAAAUGUCCAACCUUCUGAGUCUUAUUCUUAAGCAUUAUGCCUCAGAAGUAGAGUUUGUGAAAAAGGUCUUUGACGAACAGAAAGACGAACCUCCAUUAGCUAGAUUAAUGCCUCCUGUGGCUGGAAGGAUUCAAUGGGUCCGGUUUCUCUACAAGAAAAUAGAUGAACCCUUCGCAUAUAUUCAAAAACACUCUGACAUCCUACGCAGCCCUGAGGGACAAGAUGUGGAUAAAAUGUACAAGAAAACUGCAGCUGCGUUUGUAGAGUUUGAGUCUGAUAACCACAAAACAUGGAUGGAUGAAGUGUCAAAACUUGAAUAUGUCUUGCAAAAUACACUGCUGGUUCGUCACCCAAAGACUGGUAAAUUAGUUGACAACUUUGACCCAAAAGUAACUGAGGUCAUUGCGGAUGCUAAGCGUCUGUUGAGGAUGGGUCUGGAGGUUCCAAAGCCGGCGUUGCUUCUGGUCAAGUGGGAAAGUGAAAUAAAGACCAACCACCUUCGACUAGAGACCAUUUUGGCAGACUAUGAGUCUACUUGUGAGAACAUUCCAGCGGAAUUCACCAGCUUGAUGGCUUCAAAGAUCAAAAAUGUUGAAUCUGUGCUUCGUCAUGGGGCAGAGCUGCUCACCUGGUCAUCCUUCCUCCUGGACAAGUUCUUCCAGAAUGUUGACACUGCUUUGUUUGAGCUCAAAUAUCUUGUAAAGAAGGUGCAGGAUAUCUGUAAGAUACACAUUGAUGAUGUCCUGACGGACAUCUCUGAGGCUGUACUGAUUGAGCUCCCUGAAAGUCAUGCAUCUCUAGUGCAGACAUUGAUUGACAUCAAUGAGAAACAAUGUAAGGAGUGGACAAAGACAUUGGUCUCCAAAUGUAGUCAUGUUAAAGAAGCAGUGAAGGAGCUGGCUAACGUGUUCAGUCCCAUUAAUGAUUCAAAAGACACCAAGAAGACGGCAGAGGAACCUGUCUCAGGACGGAUGAAUGUGACAUUCUCAGCAGAGAGCCAGAAGUGCUCCAAUGAGAAUGAGGGAAAACAUUCAGAAUGUCCAGACAGAGAUAAAGUAAUCAAAUUUGAAAAGGAGUUUAAGAAGCUUUAUGAAUACUUCAGUGAAAGGGUAUUUGAGGCACUGGUCAAAACAACAAAUGUGUCUUUGGAGACCCUGAAAAGGAGAAUUUGUGGCACUAGAUCGACAUCAAAAAAGGGAAAUGUUAGUACUUUCCAGAAGUCAAUGUCUGAGACUAAGUUCUCACUAAUAACAUGCGAAGUCCAGCUGGUUAUACCCAAAGUGGUAAUGAUUCCCACUGUAGAUAAGAUCCAACAGGCAAUAAAUCGACUUAUUGACUUGGUGUUGGACAUCAGCAAGGGCAUUGCAUGGCAGAAGGCGUACAUGGCAGAUGGUGCAACAAACACAGGACGGAGAAAAGAGAAUUUCUAUCAGAGAGUUGUUCAACAAAAAGACAUCAAAAAGGUUGUGAUCGUUCUGAAAUCAGCAGUCAGCUCCCAAAGAGGCCAAGCAGCUGAUGUUCUAAAGCAGUUUGAUCGAUUCAGUGAGAUCUGGGAUGAAGAUAAGAACCUCAAAGUCAAGGAAUUCAUGCACAGCAAUCCAUGCUUGACCGAGAUCAAAUCUAAAAUCCAGCACUAUGACUCAAUUGAACAAGAAAUUGAUGAUGUCAAACCCAUCAUUGUUUUGGGCUGUACUGAACUGUCAACAGAGCCAUUAAAGAAGUCCUUGACCGUUGAGACCAAAGCCUGGAAGAAAUUGUUGUGCAAAUACCUGAAGGAAAAGUACAGGAAGAAAAUGAUUGACACCAGCAUACAUAUUUACAGAUAUAUUGUACGACUAUCUCAUCCUGUGGCUAAUCUGGAAGAUGUGCGUUGUGCCAUGGGGGCCCUGUCUAAACUUCGGGAUGUUGAAAUUCAAACUGACAUGACAUUAAUUUCCAUUGAGGAAGCAUAUGAAAUCUUGACUCGAUAUGAAGCCGAGGUGACCACAAAACAAGUAGAGGGAGUGCACAAGCUGAAACGUUUCUUCACAAAGCUGCAGUCUCAAGCUAGAUCAGUGCAAGAUGAGCUUGUUCGUAUGCAGCCCAAGUUCAAACAAAACCUUCUGGAAUGUGUUUCAACUUUCCAAAAUGAUGUUGGUUCUUUCAUGAAACAAUAUGAUUCAGAAGGCCCCAUGGCUGAUGGAAUAGCUCCCCAAGAAGCCAGCCUCAGACUCCAGAACUGUCAAGUUACAUUUGAAGGACUGUGGAAAAAGUUCACCACAUAUACUUCUGGGGAGCAGCUUCUUGGCUUGCCAGUCACAAACUAUGACUGUCUACAAAAGAAAAAAAAAGAGCUGGACCUGCUGCAGAAACUCUACAGCCUGUAUGAUGCAGUGAUGAGUAAGAUUGGUGGCUAUUAUGGCAUCCUAUGGACAGAUAUGGAUAUUGAGAAGAUCAAUGCAGAACUUUUGGAAUUUCAGAACAGGUGCCGAAAGCUACCCAAAGGACUUAAGAGCUGGCAAGCCUUCCAAGACCUGAAGAAGACGAUUGAUGAUUUCAUUGAGUCAUGCCCUCUGCUUGAGUUGAUGGUAAACAAGUCUGUGAUGAAGAGACACUGGGACCGGAUCACAGACCUGACUGGGCACCCAUUUGAGGUGGAGUCCAAAACCUUUACACUGAAGAAUAUCAUGGAAGCCCCCCUGUUGAAGUACAAGGAUGAUAUUGAGGACAUCUGCAUCUCAUCUGUGAAGGAGAAGGAUAUUGAGGCCAAGUUGUCACAAGUAAAAGAAGUGUGGUCCAGUCAGACUCUAAGCUUGAUGACAUUCAAGGAUAGAGGUGAACUAAUGCUGAAAGGGGCAAACACAGCGGAGAUCCUAACCUUCCUGGAGGAUGGUCUGAUGGUGCUGGGAUCACUGCUAAGCAACAGAUACAGCGCCUACUACAAAGCAGAGAUCCAGGACUGGGUGUCAAAGCUUUCAACAUCUUCUGAUGUCCUUGAACAGUGGGUUAUUGUGCAAAAUCUGUGGAUCUAUUUGGAGGCUGUGUUUGUUGGGGGUGACAUAGCCAAAGACCUGCCUCAGGAAUCACAGCUUUUUCAGAACAUUGACAAGUCCUGGAUGACGAUCAUGCAGCGAGCCCAAAAAGUCCCAAAUGUGGUGGAGUGUUGUGUGGGCGAUUCAACUCUGGGACAGCUCCUACCCGACCUUCAGAAACAGCUGGAAUUUUGUCAAAAAUCUCUUGCAGGGUACCUUGAGAAAAAGAGGCUCCUCUUCCCACGGUUCUUUUUUGUGUCUGAUCCGGCCCUUUUGGAAAUCCUUGGACAAGCCAGUGAUUCUCACACAAUUCAGGCACAUCUUCUUGGAGUGUUUGACAAUGUCAAUGAAGCGGAGUUUCAUGGCACCGAGUAUGACAAGAUUGUGGGUGUUAUUUCACAAGAGGGAGAGAAACUAAAGCUAAACACUCCUGUCAUAGCACAGGGAGCAGUGGAGCUCUGGCUCGGACAGCUGUUGUUAGAACAGCAGGCUUCGUUACACUCUGUCAUCAAAGCUUCAGAUCUAGAGAUCAACGAUCCCGACUUUGAUCUUCUGUUUUUCCUCAACAACUUCCAAGCACAGGUUGGCCUGCUGGGAAUCCAGAUGCUUUGGACAAGAGAUGCAGAACAGGCACUAACAAAUGCUGAAGAAGACAAGGAGAUCAUGACUCUUACCAAAAAGAAAUUCUUAAAUCUACUCAGGACGCUCAUUAAACAAACCACCUGUGACCUGAGCAAAUUUGACAGAGUCAAAUAUGAGACGCUCGUCACAAUUCAUGUGCACCAGAGUGAUAUAUUUAAUGACCUAGUAAAGAAGCGUGUCAAAUCUGUCGGUGACUUUGAAUGGCUGAAGCAGAGCAGAUUUUACUUCAAAGAUGAACUGGAUACGGUCAUCGUAUCAAUUACUAAUGUGGACUUCACUUAUCAGAAUGAGUUCCUCGGCUGUACCGACCGUCUGGUCAUCACCCCUCUGACUGACAGGUGUUAUAUCACACUGGCCCAGGCUCUGGAUAUGAGUAUGGGAGGAGCCCCAGCAGGGCCAGCCGGCACUGGGAAGACUGAAACCACCAAAGACAUGGGACGUUGCCUCGGCAAGUAUGUGGUGGUGUUCAACUGCUCCGAUCAGAUGGAUUUCAGAGGACUCGGAAGGAUAUACAAAGGCCUUGCUCAGUCUGGGUCUUGGGGCUGCUUUGAUGAGUUCAACAGAAUUGACCUGCCGGUGCUCUCUGUUGCUGCUCAGCAGAUCUACAUUGUUCUCAUGGCACGCAAAAAACACAAAAGCUCUUUCAUUUUUACUGAUGGAGACCUUGUGAAUCUGAAUCCAGAGUUCGGCAUCUUUAUCACUAUGAACCCUGGAUAUGCAGGUCGUCAGGAACUUCCUGAAAACCUAAAAGUGCAAUUCAGGACGGUUUCGAUGAUGGUACCAGACCGGCAGAUCAUCAUGAGAGUCAAACUGGCUAGUUGUGGAUUCAAUGAGAAUGUGAUCUUGGCCCAGAAAUUCUUUGUCCUCUAUAAACUUUGUGAAGAACAACUUACAAAACAGGUUCACUAUGACUUUGGCCUGAGGAACAUCCUGUCUGUGUUGAGAACACUCGGGGCCAAUAAGAGAGCACGUCCUGAUGACACGGAGGCCAGCAUUGUCAUGACAGUGCUGCGAGACAUGAAUCUCUCUAAAUUAGUGGAUGAGGAUGAGCCCCUGUUCCUUAGCUUAAUCGGUGACUUAUUCCCGAGUAGCCCGGUGGAUGGGACCACAUAUGUUGAACUUCAAGCUGCUGUGUCCCAUCAAGUUGAGCUUGCUGGUAUUGUCAACCACCCACCAUGGAACCUCAAACUGGUUCAGCUUUAUGAGACUGCAAGAGUGCGCCACGGCCUGAUGACUUUGGGCCCAAGUGGAGCUGGGAAGACCACAGUCAUCAACCUGCUCAUGCGAGCUCUGAGUGAAUGUGGAGCCCCACACAGGGAGAUGCGCAUGAACCCCAAAGCAAUCACUGCGCCACAGAUGUUCGGUCGUCUAGAUGCAGCAACCAGUGAUUGGACUGAUGGGAUCUUUUCCACUCUGUGGAGGAGGACACUUAAAGCCAAGAAAGGGGACUUCAUAUGGAUUGUGCUUGAUGGCCCUGUGGACGCCAUAUGGAUUGAGAACCUCAACUCUGUGCUUGAUGAUAACAAAACACUGACACUGGCUAAUGGUGACCGCAUCACCAUGUCUCCAUCCUGCAAGCUGGUGUUUGAAGUGCACAACAUGGAUAACGCCUCCCCUGCUACUGUGUCUCGGCUGGGUAUGGUCUUCAUGAGCUCCUCAGCUCUUAGCUGGAAACCCAUACUCCAGGGCUGGGCUCAUAAGCGCAUGGCAAAAGAGGCAGCAAGCAUUAUGAAUUUGUACGAAAAGAUAUUUGAAGACGCUUACUUGUUUAUGAAGCAGAAUCUUAAACCCAAAAUGGAGCUACUGGAAUGCAACUACAUAAUGCAGUCAGUGAAUCUGCUGGAGGGCCUGAUCCCAACCAAGGAGGAGGGAGGCUUGGCUGGUAGCAAACACCUUGAACACCUCUUUGUCUUCUGCCUGAUGUGGAGCCUGGGAGCCAUUUUGGAGUUAGAGGAUAGAGACAAACUAGAGAAGUACAUCAGAGACCAUGACAGUCACAUUGAUCUGCCUCAAACAAAUCCAGGAGAGACGAUGUUUGAGUAUAUGGUCAACACAAACGGUGAAUGGUGUCAUUGGAAUAGCCAUGUGGGGGAGUAUGUCUAUCCUACUGAUCAUGUGCCAAACUACGCCUCCAUUCUUGUGCCAAAUGUGGAUAAUGCAAGAACCUCUUUCUUGCUUGAGACUAUUGCCAAACAACGCAAGGCCGUACUGCUUAUUGGUGAACAAGGGACAGCUAAGACUGUGAUGAUAAAAAGCCACACAAAAAAAUAUGAUCCUGACACGGACCUGUCGAAGUCCCUGAACUUCUCAUCGGCAACAGAACCCAUAAUGUUUCAGCGAACAGUGGAAAGCUACAUUGAGAAAAGGAUUGGCAGCGCCUAUGGACCCCCAGGGGGACGCAGGAUGACUGUCUUCAUUGACGAUAUCAAUAUGCCCAUUGUCAAUGAAUGGGGAGAUCAGAUUACCAAUGAGAUAGUACGCCAGAUGAUGGAAAUGAGAGGCAUGUACAACCUGGACAAACCAGGAGACUUUACCACAAUUGAGGACGUCCAGAUUCUGGCUGCCAUGAUUCAUCCUGGUGGUGGGAGAAACGACAUCCCACAAAGACUGAAGAGACAGUUCACAAUCUUUAACUGCACUCUGCCGUCCAACACAUCCAUUGAUAAGAUCUUUGGUGUAAUCGGCUGUGGAUAUUUCCAUGAAUGCAGGAAGUUCACGCUUGAGAUUUCAGACAUGGUAAAGCGUCUCGUGUCUGCUGGGAGGAUUGUAUGGCAGCGGACAAAGACAAAAAUGCUUCCGACACCAUCCAAGUUCCACUACAUCUUCAAUUUGAGAGACUUGUCGAGGAUCUGGCAAGGAAUGUUAAACAUUAAGGCAGAGGAGUGUAGUGAUAUUCCUACUCUCUUGGCACUUUUCAAAAGUGAAUGUACAAGGGUGAUCGCUGACAGGUGUAUUUGCUCCGAGGACAGAGAGUGGUUUAACAAUGCGGUAUCGCGUGUGAUUGACGAGCAUGUCGACCCAAGUCUUGUCCCAGAACUUCAUCCUGAGCCAUACUUUGUGGACUUCUUCCGAGAUGCUCUCGAGCCCACUGGAGAAGAAGAUGAUAAUGCCUCGUUUGAUCCCCCCAAAGUUUAUGAACUGGUGCCAAGUUUUGAGUUCUUAUCAAAUAAGCUGAUGAUGUAUCAGACCGAGCACAAUGAGAUCGUAAGAGGCUCCAGUCUCGAUCUAGUUUUCUUCACGGAUGCCAUGACUCAUCUUGUCAAGAUCUCAAGAAUCCUUCGAACCGACAAUGGCAAUGCCUUGCUCGUGGGAGUGGGAGGAUCAGGGAAACAGAGCUUGACUCGCCUGGCUUCAUACAUCGCUGGAUACAGCAUCUUCCAGAUAACAUUGACACGAACAUACAACAUUAGUAAUUUCAUGGAUGACCUGAAAGUGUUGUACAAAACAGCUGGCGUUCAGGGAAAAGGCAUCACCUUCAUCUUUACAGACAAUGAAAUCAAAGAAGAAGCCUUUCUGGAGUACCUCAACAAUAUUCUGUCUUCCGGAGAGGUGUCCAACCUUUUUGUUAAAGAUGAGUUGCAAGAGAUCACCCAGAACCUGAUCGCUGUGAUGAAAAAGGAGUUUCCUCGUGUACCACCAACUUUUGACAAUCUUUAUGACUACUUCAUAUCGCGGUCCAGAAAGAAUCUGCAUGUAGUUCUUUGCUUCUCACCGGUGGGGCAGAAGUUUCGUUCCAGAUCCUUGAAGUUCCCAGGGUUAAUCUCUGGCUGCACCAUGGAUUGGUUCACCCCUUGGCCCAAUGAGGCUCUGGUGGCCGUGUCCAACUAUUUCUUGUCGGAGUUUCCAAUGGUUUGCACUGCAGAGGUGAAGGCUUCUGUGGUGACCAUCAUGGGUACAUAUCAUGACAAAGUGUCUGAUGCCUGUGAAAGCUACUUCGAAAGGUUUCGAAGAAGAACUCACGUCACCCCUAAAUCGUACCUCUCUUUUGUAAACGGAUACAAAACAUUGUAUUCUGAAAAGCACAACUUUAUCAACACACUAGCAGAGCGCAUGAAUGUCGGCUUGGACAAACUGAUGGAGGCUAGUACGUCUGUGGCUCAACUAUCCAAAGAUCUUGAAGUCAAAGAAAAAGAGCUUGUAAUAGCAUCCGCCAAGUCUGAAAAGGUGGUGGCAGAGGUGACAGUCAUUGCUGAAGCGGCGACCAUUGUAAAGAACGAGGUCCAGGUUGUGAAGGAUAGAGCCCAGAAAAUUGUGGAUGGAAUUGAGAUCGAGAAAGCUUUCGCAAUGGAGAAACUUGAGGCUGCCAAGCCAGCUUUAGAAGAAGCUGUCGCUGCACUAAAUACUAUCAAGCCUGCUGACAUUUCCACCGUGAAAAAAUUAGCCAAGCCUCCACAUCUGAUUAUGAGGAUUAUGGACUGCUGCCUGCUGUUGUUCCAAAAGAAGCUGGAAACUGUCUCUAUUGAUCCCGAACGACAUUGUAUUAAGGCGUCAUGGUCAGAAGCACAGAAGCUCCUUGGCUCCUCUGGUUUUCUAGCCUCACUUCAGCAGUUCCAAAAAGACAAAAUGAACGAGGAAACAAUAGAACUGCUCCUGCCGUACUUUGAUAUGGAGGAUUACACAAUGGAAAAUGCCAAGAAAGUAUGUGGUAAUGUUGCUGGUCUGCUCGUAUGGACACGGGCGAUGUCCACAUUCUUUGGCAUCAACAAAGAAGUGCUGCCACUCAAGGCUAACCUGGCCAUUCAGGCAAACCGGCUAAGAAGCGCUAAUAAUGAGCUCAGUGCGGCUGAGGCUCAGCUGGCUGAAAAGCAAGCAGAGUUUGAUAAAGUCAAGGCCAAAUGUGAUGCUGCCAUGAAAGAGAAACAGGACUUAUUGGAUGGUGCUGAGAUGUGUAAGAAUAAAAUGCAGGCUGCAUCUACACUUAUUGAUGGACUUAGUGGAGAGAAAGUUCGCUGGAUAGAGCAGAGCAUAGAAUUUAAAUCACAGAUCAACAGACUGGUGGGCGAUGUGCUCCAGCUCACUGGCUUCUUGUCUUACUGUGGACCGUUCAACCAGAGUUUCCGUGACAUGUUGUUGAAGGACAUCUGGGAGAAGGAGCUUAGGAACCAUAAAAUCCCCUUUACAGAAAAUCUCAACCUCAUUUCUGACCUCGUAGACCCUCCCACUGUAAGCGAGUGGAACCUUCAAGGACUCCCAGGAGAUGAUUUGUCGGUGCAGAAUGGCAUCAUUGUCACAAAAGCAACACGAUAUCCCCUCCUCAUAGAUCCCCAGACUCAGGGAAAAGCUUGGAUUAAGGAAAAAGAAAAGGCUAAUUCUCUCCAAGUGACGUCACUCAAACACAAGUUAUUUCGCCCUCAUUUGGAAGACUGUCUUUCUUUGGGACGCCCACUGCUUAUUGAAGAUGUAUUUGAGGAACUAGACCCUGCCCUUGACAAUGUCCUUGAGAAAAACUUUAUUAAAUCUGGGACCAGUUUCAAGGUUAAAGUGGGAGACAAAGAGGUAAACGUGAUGGAUGGCUUCCAGCUCUACAUAACUACCAAACUGCCUAACCCAGCAUACAGCCCAGAAGUCAGUGCCAAGACGUCCAUCAUUGAUUUCACUGUCAACAUGAAGGGCUUGGAGAACCAGCUGCUUGGUCGCGUCAUCCUCCGAGAGAAAUAUGAACUAGAGGCAGAACGAUUGAAACUCAUUGAGGAUGUAACUGCCAACAAGAGAAAGAUGAAGGAGUUGGAAGACAACUUGCUGUACAAACUCAGCAGCACAAAAGGAUCCUUGGUUGAUGAUGACUCCAUGAUCGGCAUCCUGAGUACAACGAAGCACACUGCAGCGGAAGUUAGUCUAAAGCUCAGUGUGGCAGCAGAUGCCGAGUUAAAGAUCAAUAUAGCUCAAGCAGAAUAUCGUCCGGUUGCCUCCCGGGGCAGCACCCUCUACUUCCUCAUCACAGAGAUGAGCAUGGUCAAUGUCAUGUAUCAGACCUCCCUCGGUCAGUUCCUCAAAAUCUUUGACCUGUCACUGGAAAGGGCCGAGAAGUCGCCUAAACCUAAAAAGCGAAUUGCCAACCUCAUUGAAUGUCUGACCUACGAGGUGUUCCGAUACACAGUGAGAGGCCUCUAUGAAAACCACAAGUUCAUCUUCACACUCUUGCUGGCUCUCAAGAUCGACAUGAAGAGUAACAAAAUAGUGCAUGAGAAAUUUCAAAUACUUAUUAAAGGGGGCGCUGCUCUUGACCUAAAGACCUGCCCCACAAAACCAUUCAGUUGGAUCCUGGAUAUGGUGUGGCUAAAUGUGGUGGAACUCAGCAAAUUGACACAGUUCAUGAACAUCUUAGCCCAGGUAUCGCAAAAUGGCAAAUCCUGGAAAGCAUGGCUCAAUCUUGAUGCCCCAGAGGAAGGGGUCAUCCCAGAUGGAUACAACUCCCUUGAUGUCUUCCUUAAACUGUUGCUUAUAAGGUCUUGGUGCCCUAACCGCACCUUGUCUCAGGCCAGGAAGUAUGUAGGAGAAUCCCUGGGCGAGAGGUUUGCUGAGCCGGUCAUCUUGAACCUUCAGAGCACGUGGGAGGAGAGUGAUCCCCGCACCCCCCUCAUAUGCUUCCUUUCUAUGGGUUCAGAUCCCACUGACCAAAUUGAAGCAAUUGCUAAGAAACUUCAACUUGCAUGUAGAGCUAUAUCCAUGGGGCAAGGCCAGGAGGUGCAUGCACGGAAGCUUCUUAAGACAUCAAUGACGGAGGGAGGCUGGGUCCUUCUGCAAAAUUGCCACCUGGGCCUGGAGUUUAUGGACGAGUUGCUAGAAACUAUCACAACUGCAGAGACCAUGCAUGAUACUGUCAGGGUGUGGAUCACCACAGAACCACACGAUCAAUUCUCCAUCACACUCCUACAGUCCUCCAUCAAGUUUACCAACGAUCCGCCCCAGGGAAUGCGUGCUGGCUUGAAACGAACAUUUUCAGGAAUUUCACAAAACCAGUUGGAAGUCAGUAACCUGCCCAUGUGGAAGCCCAUGCUGUACAGUGUGGCCUUUCUCCACACCGCGGUGCAGGAACGACGUAAAUUUGGACCUUUGGGUUGGAACAUACCGUAUGAAUUCAACUCCGCUGAUUUCACUGCCAGUGUUGAGUUUGUUGAGAGACACUUGGAUGACUGCAGCCCCAGGAAGGAUGUGUCCUGGGUGACUGUGCGAUACAUGCUCGCUGAAGUGCAAUAUGGAGGAAGGGUUACAGAUGACUUCGACAAACGCCUGCUCAAGUGUUUCGCUCGUGUGUGGUUCAGUAAAAAGAUGUUUGACCCAUCGUUUUGCUUCUACACGGGCUACAACAUUCCAGUGUGCAAGACCAUAGAGGAGUACAUGGAAUGUAUUCAGAGUUUGCCGACUAGGGAUUCACCCCAGGCGCUUGGGUUGCAUCCUAAUGCUGAUAUCACGUAUCAGACGAACACAUCUGCUGAGGUGCUCGACACAAUCACAAACAUCCAGCCCAAGGAGAGCGGCAGGGGAUCCGGAGCUACUCGGGAGUCAAUUGUUUACAACAUGGCGAAGGACAUGUUGGAGAAACUACCCACGAGUUAUGUUCCACAUGAGGUCAAAGACAGGCUGCGGACUAUGGGAGCGAUGAGUCCAAUGAACAUCUUCCUACGUCAGGAGGUGGAUCGAAUGCAAAGAAUCAUCAGUGUGGUUUCCGCUAGUCUGACUGACCUGAAACUGGCCAUUGAUGGUACUAUCAUAAUGAGCGAGAACCUCCGUGACGCUCUGGACAAUAUGUUUGAUGCCCGUGUGCCGAACCUGUGGAGGAAAAUCUCGUGGGAGUCGUCCACACUGGGCUUUUGGUUCACGGAGCUUCUGGACAGAAACAAACAGUUCCACAGCUGGGUGUUUAAAAGAAGACCCUGCAUGUUUUGGAUGACAGGCUUCUUCAACCCACAAGGGUUCCUAACAGCUAUGAGACAAGAAGUGACGAGGGCAAACAAAGGCUGGGCUCUGGACACAAUCACUCUGCACAACACGGUGCUGAAGAAGACACAGGAGGAGAUCACAGCCCCACCCACCGAGGGAGUUUACAUUUAUGGUCUGUAUCUGGAGGGCGCCGGCUGGGACAAGAAGAACGCCAUUCUCAUUGAGUCCUCCCCCAAAGUGCUGUUCACACCCUUGCCAGUCAUCCACAUCUUUGCCAUUAACUCAACCGCCCCCUGGGAUCCGAAGCUAUACGUCUGCCCCAUCUACAAGAAACCGAAGCGAACAGACCUGAACUACAUCACAGCAGUGGUGUUGCCUACCUUGCCGUCACAGCCACCCGAUCACUGGAUCUUGCGUGGGGUUGCCCUGCUCUGCGACAUCAAAUAAAAGACAGCUGAUAAAAAAUAUAUUUUUAUUAUCAAAUGCCUGUCAAGAGGUUGAUUGGAGAUAUAUACUUGUUUUGAAGUACUUUCACAUUAAAACUAAUGGUAUGCUGAAGGCCUGAAUGAGGUUCCUAAAUCUAGUCAUCCCGAUAACAUCAAUAAAUGUUCUCACAAAGUU